AUGCAUGAGCUCAAGUUUGCCACCAUCCAUGAAGUCGGAGAUCAAUCUGUUUUUCACCGCAUGCGUCAAAGAAGCACUGAUAUGACUACAACCGCGUGGUGUGGGAUGCUUGGGGCUCCAGUCAGGACUCUAGUAGCUCGUUCCUUCCCCGCCCCCGAGUGUGCGGAGAUUUCGACCUUGCGCCCUUCACGGCGCGACAUAUCCUUCCCUCACAAAACUUUGCCCUCGGUUCGAACGGCAGGUGUGAAAGUGGUGGGCGCCUGUUUUCCCGUGGCUGCAACUUGUUACGUGUUAGGGCUUGGCGCUGAUACAAAUGGUACCUUCACUCACUCUCACACACUCCCUGAUAAUCGGUCGCGACAAAUCUUGACCGCAGAAGGGUUGUACAACUCGAUGUCCAUGAUCGGCUCAGAUUGCGGGUUCUAUCCUACUUUUACAAGCAGGACAUCGACGUUUCAAGCUUCAAGUCAAGUCACGACACCCAAUGGCCCGACAGUUCAACGUGCUGGAAUGUUGCCAGGAGCGCGCUCCUCACUGUUCAAGAUCGACGCAAUUUCAAGACAGACUGAGAGACCCAAUUUUAACCAAGGGUUUCUCACCGCCAGCUUCAGAUCCAGCACCCAGAACUACGCAAGAACUACGUAG